CCUAGCCAGUGAGAUACACAGUGCCUCUUAUACUGACAUUUGGAGGCACCGUAGGACCCUGUCGAGGACGUACCUUACGUUUUUGCUUUGUGAGAGAGGGCAGAAAGAUGGACAUCCUUGACACAGAUGCCUAUGAUCGCAAACAGUGCAGGAACACGUCCUGUGUUCUGUUCCUUUCUCUCCUCCCUUUCUUUGCUUUCACAGCAGUGUAUUUCUACCUGUGGAUCCCAGAAUCAGCACCCUCUCUCCUGGCUGCUGGUGUAAAGUCCGCCCCUGUGCUCUCUUUGUCUCUUAUGGUACUGAAUUACAAUGGGGGGAGGAGUCUGCUGGGUGUAGCCGGAGGGUUGCUGUUAUCAGCUGGUGGAGACAUCUGUCUCAUUUGGCCAGGACUUUUUCUCCAUGGAAUGGGCUUUUUUGCUCUAGCCCACCUGCUGUACUCUUUUUCUUUCCUUUCCUCACGUUAUUCCUUACACACCUAUUCCUCCUUUGGCAUCUACAUCCUCUACCUACUGCUGUGGGGAGUAACUGGUGGAGCUUAUGUCUACUUGCUGCCCUUCCUGCAGAAUUCUCCAGACCCCGGUGUCUUCGUCCCAGCUGUAGGGGGUUACACAUUCCUCAUUGUUGUCAUGGCCACUUUGGGGGCACGCACACGGCAUAUUUUGGUCAUGCUGGGCGGCUUGGUCUUUUUGGCCUCUGACCUCACCCUUGCGCUGCAGCAUUUCAAAGUCAUUGAGUCUCUGGAACACGGCAGGCACAUUGUCAUGACAACAUACUACCUGGCUCAGUUGCUGAUUGCUGUGGGUGAUGUGAAGGCCAUGCUGGGGGAGGAGGCAGAUGAGUUCCGCAAGUGGAAGAGAUCAUAGGUCCAGUGUGAAGACAUGGCCAUAUCGGAGUGAUACAGACUUCACACAGGUUCUAUGGCUUUGGGAAUGUUCCCUGAUCUUUCCAGGAAAUUCUAUACCUGGACAUAUGACAAUCAGAGAACUUACAUGAGGUCUGUAUUGUUCAAAUGUGCCCAUUGUGUUUUCAUGGUUGUAGCACCAGACCCUACUUAUAGGUGCUGUUCAUUCUCAAAAUAAGAGAAUAACUAGGAUAAACCUGGACAUCUGUGAAGAUAGCAGCCAUGAGAACUCCACUGAUAUUUUCAUUUAACAUUACAAUAAUCUAAGGCACUAAAAACAUGCCUAAUAAACAAUUACUGGCAACUGAAUACAAAACAA